ACAUAGAUAAUAUCUCCCCAAAACCCUACGAUGUGCCGCUGAGUCCGUGUCCAUUUUUUGCAUGAAACGGAGCUUAUUUCCUGCCUGUAAACGAAAGUGAAAUUAAGUGUCGGGAUUUUAAAGGGAGCGUCGCUAUUUUAUCAAGAAACAUUUUAUCAAGAUUCUGGAAUAAUUUAAAGAUAUUCUAUGUUUCAAGAGGCCCCAACAGGAAUCAUCUGGUCUGGAUCAGCAUAGAAAUGGAUGGAUCUGCUUCUGAAAUGCGCCCCCCUGUGGGGUGUAACAGAAAGAGCCCUGAGAGUGUCCUGGUGAAGAGAGCAGACUCCCCUGUACCCAGCUGUGUUUCCAUGAAGAGUGACGCGUCAGUGAAGCAACGAAUCAGAAUCUUUGAGGGAUCUUUUCCUACAGGUCAAAGUGUCCUGAUGAAGAGAGCAGACUCCCCUGUACCCAGCUGUGUUUCCAUGAAGAGUGACUUGUCAAUGAACCCCCCACUCGCCUUCAGAGAGGGACCUUUUCCUACAGAUCAAAGAGACCAAAUGGAAGAUUGCACUUCAGAUCUACAUGAUAAAUCGGGUUUAUCAUCCAUAUUGAAGUCGCUAGAGGAAAAAGCCAUGAAGUUCCUAAAGGAGGAACUGAAGACGUUUGUGACGCACCUAGAUCAGAAUUACCCAGAAUUCUCUGAGCCUCAGCUGGAGGAGGACAAUGCCCUGGACUGUGAUGGUCAGAUGCAGAAGACCAGUGUUAGAGAGGUAGCUCUGAAGAUCACACUGUACAUCCUGAGGACCAUGAAGCAAGAUGAUCUUGCUGACCUGCUGGACAAGAGACAGCUCAUGCUGCAACAUCAACAGGAAAUUAAAUGUAAACUUAAGAAGCAAUUUGAGUGUGUAUUUGAAGGGAAAGCUAAGGAAGGACAGCCAACACUUCUCAGUGAGAUUUACACAGAACUCUACAUAACUGAAGGUGGGACUGGAGCAGUCAAUGAUGAACAUGAAGUGAGACAGAUUGAAACAGCAUCCAAGAAAAGACGAACAGAAGAUACUACAGUCAAGUGCAAUGAUAUAUUUAAACCCUUAUAUGGGCGUGUGACACCUAUCAGAACUGUACUCACUAAAGGGGUGGCAGGUAUCGGAAAAACAGUCUCUGUGCAGAAAUUCAUUCUCGACUGGGCAGAAGGAAAAGCAAACCAGGAUGUUCACUUCAUAUUUGCUCUUCCUUUCCGGGACCUGAAUUUGAUUAAGGAUGAAUACAGUCUGAUUGAACUACUUCACCACUUUGUCCCAGAACUGAAAUCAUUUCAAUCCACUGACCUGUUUAGCUCCAAAGUCUUGUUCAUCUUUGAUGGUCUGGAUGAGUGUCGCCUUCCUCUGGAUUUUCAGAACAAUGAGAGCUGGUUUGAUGUAACAAAGAAAAGGUCACUAGAUGUGCUGUUGACUAACCUCAUUAAGGGGAAUCUGCUCCCAUCCGCUCUCCUCUGGAUAACCUCCCGGCCAGCAGCAGCCAAUCAGAUACCAGCUGAGUGUGUCCACCAGGUGACAGAGAUACGAGGGUUCAGUGAUGCCCAGAAGGAGGAGUAUUUCAGGAGGAGAUUUAAUGAUCAGAGCCUGGCCAGCAGGAUUAUCGCACAUGUGAAAUCAUCAAGGAGCCUCUUCAUCAUGUGCCACAUACCUGUGUUCUGCUGGAUUUCAGCCACUGUGCUUAAGAGGCUUUUUAGUGAGACUGACAGGGGAGAAAUUCCAAAGACUCUGACUGAAAUGUACACACACUUCCUGAUCUUUCAGACAAGUUUAAAAAAUGACAAGUAUAUGAAAAACCAUAAAACUAAGCUUAAGGAAUACAGCAAGGAAUUUCUUUUGACACUUGGUAAACUUGCUUUUGACAACCUUGAGAAAGGCAAUCUCAUAUUUUAUGAACAAGAUCUGACAGAGAAUGGCAUUGAUGUCACUGAAACUUCAGUUUACUCUGGAGUGUGCACAGAAGUCUUUAAAGAGGAGUAUGGGUUGUACCAGGAGAAGGUGUACUGCUUUGUGCAUCUGAGCAUCCAGGAGUAUCUCGCUGCUUUAUAUGUGUUUCUGUCAAACUCAUCAGCUGACCUGCUGGUGACUGCAGUGGAUCAGGCAUUAAAGAGCAAGAAUGGACACUUGGACCUCUACCUCCGCUUCCUCCUGGGCCUCUCAACAGACUCCAGUAAGACUCUGUUGCAAAAGUUACUGGGGCCGACAAGAAUCAACUCACAUACCAUUAAGGAUACAGCCCAGUACAUCAAGGGGAAAAUAAAGGAGAAUUUAUCUCCAGAAAGGACCAUCAAUCUGUUCCACUGUCUGACUGAACUGGGUGACAAUUCUCUAGUAGAGGAAGUACAAAGAUACCUGAAUUCAGGAAACAUUUCAGUAGAUGGCCUCUCACCUGCACAGUACUCAGCUCUGGCCUUUGUGAUGCUGAUGUCAGAUGAGGAGCUGGAUGUGUUUGACCUGAAAAAAUACAUCAGACGAGAUAAACAGCACUGCAGGCUGCUGCCUGUGGUCAAGAACUCCAGGACGGCCCUGCUGAACAGCUGUGAUCUCAUAGAUAAACACUGUGAAGUGCUGUCUUCAGCUCUCAGAUCAAACUCCUCACCCCUGAGAGAGCUGGACCUGAGUGACAAUGACCUGCAGGACUCAGGAGUGAAGCUGCUCUCUGCUGGACUGGGGGACUUACACUGUAAACUGGAGAUACUGAGGCUGUCAGGCUGUAGAGUCACAAAAGAAGGCUGUUCUUCCCUGGCUUUAGCUCUGAAGUUAAACCCCUCACACCUGAGAGAGCUGGAUCUGAGCUACAAUCACCCAGGAGAUUCAGGAGUGAAGCUGCUCUCUGCUGCACUGGGGGAUUUACACUGUAAACUGGAGAUACUGAGGCUGUCAGGCUGUAGAGUCACAGAAGAAGGCUGUUCUUCCCUGGCUUCAGCUCUGAAGUUAAACCCCUCACACCUGAGAGAGCUGGAUCUGAGCUACAAUCACCCAGGAGAUUCAGGAGUGAAGCUGCUCUCUGCUGUACUGGAGGAUCUCAGCUGUAAACUGGAGAAGCUGCAGGUGGGCCGGUGUGAACUCACAGAGAAAUGCUGUGAGGCACUGGCUUCAGCUCUCAGAUCAAACUCCUCUCCCCUGAGAGAGCUGGACCUGACUGACAAAGACCUGCAGGACUCAGGAGUGAAGCUGCUCUCUGCUGGACUGGGGGACUUACACUGCAACCUGGAGAUACUGAGGUCAGUCUGACUGGGUAUUCCACACUGUAAACUGGGGGUAGUGAGGUGAGUAUUACUGGGUAUUUCACACUGUACGCUGGAAAUACUAAGGUAGAAAAUAACUAAUGAUUUCAAAAUAAAGCAGGAGUAUCUAAGUCUAGGGGUUGACUUAAAAAAUAACAUUAGAUUCGCUACAGUAAGUGGAAUGUCGAAAGUAAGACUGCAUUGGAGGUUAAGGAUGACAUUAAAAGUUUCUUCCAAUAUUUUAACUCCAAAAGAGCUCUAAAAGCUGAAAUCACUCAUCUGCAGGAUAGUAACGGCCUUAUAAUUGAAAAUGAAAAUUGAUAUAGUAAAUGAGUUUAAUGAUUAUUUUACACGGGUGUUCACAGUAGAGGACAUGAUUAACUUACCACCAUUUAGUACAAAUACAGUGUCGUAUAUAAACAAUAUACAGUCCCUCCACAAUUAUUGGCCCCCUUGUAAAGAUUUGUAAAAAGGGUUAGAAAAAAAUCCACCUUUUGGCGAAGCAGCUUCAUCUCACACUGAAAAAAAAUGAGAAAAAUCCAACCUUUCAUUGAAAUAAAUUUAUUCAAAGAAAAACAAAUCCUUCAUCAAGAAAUAAUUAUUUUCAACAAAAACACAUGAGCCACGAUUAUUGGCAGCCCUGCCUUGCUUUUAAUACUCUGUACAGCCUCCCUUUGCCAGUAUAACAGCACUGAGUCUCCUAUAACAUUUUAUAAGGUUGGAGAAUACAGAGCAGGGCAUCUGAGACAAUUCCUCUUUACAGAAUCUCUCCAGAUCACCCAGGGUCCUCGGCCCUCUCUUGUGCACUCUCCUCUUCAGCUCAGCCCACAGGUUUUCAGUGGGGUUCAGGUCAGGGGACUGAGAUGGCCAUGGCAGAAGCUUGAUUCUGCGGUCAGCUGACCAUUUUUAUGUUUAUUUGGACAUGUGCUUAGGAUCACCGUUCUGCUGGAAGAUCCAAUGAAGGCCCAGUUUUUGUUUCCUGGCAGCAGCAGCCAAAUUUUAAUAUAAAAUGUCCUGGUAUUUCAUGGACCCCAUAGUGCCAUGUACCCUAACGAGGUUUCCAGGGUUUUUGGAGGAAAAACAGCUCCACAACAUCACAGAACCUCCACCAUAUUAUACAGCUGGGAUAAGGUUCAUUUCAUUAUAACCAUCCUUCUUUUUACGCCAAACCCACCUUGAAUGUUUAUUGCCCAAAAGCUCCAUUUUUGUUUCAUCUGAUCAUUGAAUUUCAUUCCAGUCAAAGUUGUAUAAUGUUUUGCAAACUCCUGGCUCUAACAUUUUAAGUAACUGACAGAAAAAGCUUCUUUCUGUCAUAACUUUCAAAGAAUCUGUUAGCAUGAAGGGGGCGUCUGAUGGUUUUUUGGAGACGUGGUAACCCCAAGGUUUUACUUUGUCUGGUAAUUGACUAACAGUCAUCCUUGGGGAUUUUUUGCCUCUCUUACGAUCCUCCUCACUGUAUGUGGGGACAAAAUAAACUUGGGUCCUCUUUCAGGCAGGUUUCUAACAGUUCCAGUUGAUGUCCACUUUUUAAUUAUUGCCCUAACAGUAGAAAUGGGCAUUUUAAGGCGAGUAGCUAUUUUUUAAUACCCAUUCCCUGACUUAUGAAGGUCAGCACACUUCUCCCUCAUUUGGUCUGUGUGUCUCUUAUCUUUCCCAUGUUCAUGGAUGACUAAGGGAAUUUGGGCUCUGUGUCUCCUCAUGUUUGUACCCCAGUUACUCAGGAAGUCAUGGAUUACAGCUUGAAGGUUCCUAUUCACUUCAAUCAACUCAAAUAUGUAUAAUUUACAUGGGAAACAUGCUUCAGUUACAUUGUGUUUGUCACGCUACGUAAAUUCGGGUAAGGCAGGUGGGCAGGAAGGACCAGGCAGGAAGGCGGUAAACGGGGCAAACGAGGGUUUAAUUGGGAAUAGGGCAGGAUGGAAACGCAGGCAGGGACAAACGGCAGGUAACGGCAAUGACAGACAACGGGUUAGUGUACAACAGAGACUUAAAUACAGGGAACUAAUCAGAAAAGAACAUGACGCGACUGGGCACAAUCAGGGAAUCACACGUGGGUAAUUAGGGGCGUGGCAGACACGAGGAGCGGACGGAGCGGG